UUUUUAAGUCAAGAUCAGGAAUAUACAAUAAUUCUAGUAAAAUAUGGGAACUAUAUUAUAAAGAAAAAGUAGCAACACACACAUAACGAUGGUAUAAGAUACAUACCUAAGAUAGAAACGUAACUACAAUAUCUAAAGAGUAAAUUUUAUUUUUUUAAUACAUUCUUUGGCUGGACAUGCAGGUAGAAAACAGCAAACUUCACUAGAUCGUGAUUUAAGCAUCGCUGGAGAGGGACUAUUUUUUUUUAAAAUACAAACCACAGCCCGUUUUCUCCACCAAAAUUACCUGAAACCCGCCGCAGCAUCACAGUUAACCUGAGAAACGGCCACACACGGCCAGAACUUGUUUUGGGGAAAAACCGCCUAAAACUUUGACCCCAUUUUUGAGACAAACCUCGAAAAACCGGAGAAACUGUGAGAAGAAAGUGGAAUCAUAGAACGGGUUAAAUUUGACUCAUAUCACGCUUUGCGAGAAGUAAAAAUGAAGAAAAAAUUCCUCCGCCGCGACGACACACUCAGAAAAAAAAAACAAAAAAACUUGUAACUUUGUAUGUUGUUGUGUGAACUACGAAGAUACACGUUUGUGUAACAUAAUUAAGAGUUUUGUUUGAAACAUCUGACCUUCAGGAGUGUGUUUUCUUCGUUAGUUAAGUUAGUUCGGCGUCUUUUACCCAUCGACUGAGUUCCAGUCUGGGCGGAAGGAUACGUGUUUGGCUUCUUCUCGCUGUGACUUCAGUGACUGGGGCGCGUGAAGAAGCGCGAGACGCUUUUUUUUGGCCCCGUGCGCGAUCAGAACUAACUUUAUUUUCAUUUUUUGAUCGUUUCUGAUCCGCUUCAGCGUACUGUCUCCCGGGACAGAUGUAGAAAGGAUGUUUUAAGCUCCGCGGGAGGUCUUUCUGUUGAAGACUUGAACUUUUGAGUGAAGAAACUUUUUGAGAAGUUCCCGUUCGAGGAGGCGGCAGGACGGAGGGCGCGCGGCCGUAUGUGGAUUUUUACUGAAACAUGGAGCAGAAACCCGCUUUCUCCGUGGGAACAUCUCUUCUGUGGGCGAUCUGCUUCGUCCCGCUGUGUCUCGCGCUGCAAUGUGUGGAUGAAAAGGCGCCCUGCGUGAACAACGCCACAUGUGUGACCUUUGGCAACGGCACCGAAUACUGCAGGUGUGCUGCCGGCUUUCUGGGCGAGUACUGUCAACACGAGGACCCGUGUCAGCCGGGCCUUUGUCUGAACCGGGGCACCUGCUCCGUGUCCAUGCCCGAUGGGGUACCCGUACCAGGCAGCGCCCUGUGCACCUGCCCUCUGGGGUACACCGGCCAACGCUGCCAGACGCCCCAGAACUCCACGUGUUACCCCAACAACCCCUGUGCCAACGGAGGCACCUGCACUCUGCUGUCGCUGGACAAAUACAAGUGUGAAUGCACCAGGGGAUGGACAGGUCCACAUUGUGAACACGAGGACAGCUGUCUGUCCGAUCCCUGCGCCAACGGGGGGCGGUGCAGCUCCCAGUCCGGCGGCAGAUACACCUGUCACUGUCCACCUGGGUACAAAGGCCCCCGCUGCCUCAUCGACCGUGACGAGUGUGCAGAAACACCCUCCCUCUGUCAGAACGACGGCGAGUGUUUCAACACUCCCGGCUCCUACAAGUGCGUCUGUAAAGCCGGAUUCACAGGCCGACUCUGCGAAAGCUCCUACAUCCCGUGCUCGCCGUCCCCGUGUCUGAACGGGGGCACCUGCCACCAGACCUCCGAAACCAGCUACUCCUGCCACUGCCUCCCAGGUGAGACGCUGCAGGUUACCUGCUGCCUCAGACGUCCCACCUGUGUGGACCUCUCUACUGUCAAACACACAAUCUGUGUCUGGCUGUCGGCAGGUUUCAAUGGAACCAACUGUGAGAACAACAUCGACGACUGCCCCGAACAUCAGUGCGCCAACGGAGGAACCUGCAUGGACGGAGUCAACACCUACAACUGUCAGUGUCCCCCAGAAUGGACCGGUCAGCACUGCACGGAGGACGUGGACGAGUGCCGGCUGCAGCCCAACACCUGCCAGAACGGGGGCACCUGCCACAACGGCAUCGGCAGCUACAACUGCGUGUGCGUGAACGGCUGGAGCGGCGUGGACUGCUCCGAGAACCUGAACGACUGCCUGGAGGCGUCCUGCCGCGAGGGCUCCACCUGCAUCGACCGCGUGGCGUCCUUCAUCUGCCUGUGUCCCCGCGGGAAGACAGGGCUGCUCUGCCACCUCACAGACGCCUGCAUGAGUAACCCGUGCCGAGACGGCUCGCAGUGCGACACCAACCCCAUCACCGGCAACUUCAACUGCAACUGCCCGCCGGGGUACGUGGGCAACACCUGCAACAUCGACCGGAACGAGUGCAGCAUCGGUACCAACCCGUGUGAGCACGGCGGCCAGUGCGUCAACACGGACGGCUCCUUCACCUGCAACUGCGCCAAGGGCUACACCGGGCCUCGCUGCGAACAAGACGUCAACGAGUGCGCCUCCAGCCCCUGUCAGAACGACGGCACCUGCCUGGACCGCAUCGGGGAGUACAGCUGCAUCUGCAUGAGCGGCUUCACGGGAAGUCACUGUGAGAUCGAGGUGGACGAGUGCCUCAGCUCGCCGUGUCUGAACCAGGGGAAAUGUCUGGACCAGGUCAGCCACUUCGUCUGCGAGUGUCCCGCAGGCUUCAGCGGCGAGGUGUGCCAAAUCGACAUCGAUGAGUGCUCCAGCACGCCGUGCUUGAACGGCGCCAAGUGCAUCGACAGACCCAACGGAUACGACUGUGAAUGCGCUGAAGGCUUCACCGGCCUGCUGUGCCAGGAGAACAUCGAUGACUGCACCCCGGCGCCGUGUCACUAUGGCGUGUGCCAUGACGGGAUCGCCACCUUCUUCUGCGAGUGCGAAUCGGGAUACACGGGAUCCAUCUGCAACAUCCAGGUGCAGGAGUGCCACAGCAACCCCUGUCAGAACCAGGGACGCUGCAUCGACCUGGUCAACGCCUACCAGUGCAACUGUCAGCCCGGAACCUCAGGUUCGAACUGUGAGAUCAACGAGGACGACUGCGCCAACAGCCCCUGUGAGCACGGGGAGUGCCAGGACGGCAUCAACAGUUACCGCUGCGUCUGCUCACCUGGAUACACAGGGUCCAAGUGUGAUGUGGAGAUCAACGAGUGCGGCUCCAACCCGUGCAUGAGCGGAGGAACCUGCAUGGACCAGGUCAACGGCUUCUACUGUCUGUGCCCGCCCAACACCCACGGCCCGCUGUGCCUGUCCGGGACGGACCACUGCGCCCGCCAGCCCUGCGUGCACGGAGACUGCGUGGAGCAGCAGCUGGGGUACCGCUGCGAGUGCGAGGCGGGGUGGGUGGGCGCUCACUGCGAGCAGGAGAAGGACGAGUGUCAGCCCAAUCCGUGCCAGAACGGCGGGAACUGUCUUGACCGGCACAACGGCUACACCUGCCAGUGCCAGCCGGGCUUCACAGGUAACAACUGUGAGAAGAACAGAGACGAGUGCGCUUCCUCCCCCUGCCUGAACCGCGGCGUCUGCAUCGACGGGGUCAACAGCUACACCUGCCGCUGCAGCCCCCCCUACACCGGUAAACACUGCGAGGUGGAGCAGGCUCCCUGUGCCUCUCACCCCUGCAAGAGCGGCGGAGUCUGCCUGCCGUCUGCAGACUACACCUCCUUCACCUGUCGGUGCCCGACCGGCUGGCAAGGCGCUCGCUGCAGCGAGGACGUGGACGAGUGCCUCAGCGACCCCUGCAGAAACGACGGGCUGUGCGAGAACCGGAGGGGCAGCUACAUCUGCAAAUGCCAGCGCGGGUACAGCGGGCAGAACUGCCAGACGGACAUCGACGACUGCAAACCCAACCCCUGCCUGAACGGAGGCUCCUGUCUGGACAAAGUCGCGGGUUUCUCCUGCAAAUGUCGUCCGGGAUUUGAAGGCGAGCGCUGUGAGACGGAGGUGGACGAGUGCGCCAGCAACCCCUGCAGGAACGGCGCCACCUGCCACGACUACGUCAACAGCUUCGUGUGCGCGUGCCGCGAGGGCUUCAGGGGGAUUCAGUGUGAGCACAACAUCCCAGAAUGCACCGAGAGCUCGUGCCUCAACAACGGGACGUGCGUCGAUGGCAUCAACAGCUUCUCCUGCCGCUGUCCGCUGGGCUUUCUCGGGCUCUUCUGUGAGUACGAGAGUAACGAGUGCGACUCCCAGCCCUGUAAAAACGGCGGCAGCUGCACCGACGGGCUUCGCACCUACAGCUGCGUCUGUCCGGUGGGAUACAGCGGCUCCAACUGCCAGAACUAUGUGAACGUCUGCAAGGGGGUGCACUGUCUCAACGGCGGCACCUGCUCCCAGUCCACCACCUCCUGGGUGUGCCGCUGUCAGGCGGGAUGGACCGGGCUGUACUGCGACGUCCCAAACAUGUCCUGCCAGAACUUUGCUGCCAGAAAAGGUGUGGACGUGGAGAAUGUGUGUAAGAACGCCGGGCAGUGCAAGAAUGUGGGGAACUCCCAUCAGUGCAUCUGCCAGCCGGGGUACACGGGCAGCUACUGCGAGGACCCGGUGGACGAGUGUCUGUCCAACCCCUGCCGCAACGGGGCCACCUGCAAGGAUUAUCAGGGCAACUACCAGUGCACGUGCAAACCGGGCUUCCAGGGCGUGAACUGCGAGUACGACGUGGACGAGUGCCACUCCAGGCCCUGCCUGAACGGAGGACGAUGCAUCAACCUGAUCAACCGCUUCACCUGCUCCUGCCCACCUGGAACGCACGGCGUGCAGUGCGAGGUCAACGAGGACGACUGCGCCCCCCAGCCCGGCUCGUCGGAGCCGCGCUGCCUGAACGGGGGCCAGUGCGUGGACGGCGUGGGCCGCUACACCUGCUCCUGCCCUCCGGGGUUCGUCGGGGAACACUGCGAGGGCGAUGUGAACGAGUGCCGCUCGGCGCCCUGCCACGGCCCCGGUACCCUGGACUGUGUGGAGCUGGUCAACGACUACAGGUGUCUCUGUCGCCUGGGUUACACAGGUCGUCAUUGUGAGUCCAUGGUGAACCUGUGCGUGUCCAAACCGUGUCGUAACGGGGGGGUCUGCUCCAUGAACAGCAGCUCCGUGCGAGGAUACACCUGCUCCUGUCCGCCCGGUUACACCGGAUCCACGUGUGCCGAGCUGCAGAACCACAGCUGCGGGGGGCUGCGCUGCCUGAACGGCGGCAGCUGCCUGCACCACAACGGCCAGCCGCUGUGCCAGUGCCCGCCGGGCUUCAGCGGACCUCUCUGCGAGAACGAGCAGAGGUGCUCGGUGACCUGCCACAACGGAGGCACCUGCGUGAAGGACCCGGCCAACCCCUUCCAGCACAGCUGCCGCUGCCCGCCGCUCUUCUCUGGACACUUCUGCGAGAAGAGGGCGUCGCUGAGCCCGCCCACCUGCCCCGACCCCCAGUGCGAGCAUUUGUCGGGUGACAAAGUGUGCGACAACCAGUGCAACAACCACCAGUGCCAGUGGGACGGCGGCGACUGCUCGCUCAGCUGCCUGCAGCCGUGGGUCAACUGCACCGCCAGCGUGCCGUGCUGGGACCUCUUCCAGAACGGCAGAUGCGAUCAGGAGUGCAACAACGCGGCGUGCCUGUUCGACAGCUUCGAAUGCCAGCAGGCCCCGCCCAGCGUCUGCGAGUACGACAAAUACUGUAAAGACCACUACGGGAACGGCAUCUGCGACCACAGCUGCUACGACGAGGCGUGCGGCUGGGACGGCCUGGACUGCUCCGACAACAUCACCCCCGAGCUCGCCACGGGGACGCUCAUCAUCGUGGUGCGGCUGCAGCCCAAGGAGCUGCUGGAUGACCUGCGGGGCUUCCUGCGGUCGCUCGGCGGCCUGCUGCGCACCAACGUGCAGGUGAAGCGCAACGACAACAACCAGCCCAUGGUGUUCCCGUACUACGGCGUGAUCGACAAGCACGGCCAGCAGGCGCAGGCGAGCCGGAGGAGGCGCGAGGUGGAGAAGGAGGUCAUCGGGUCUCUGGUCCACCUGGACAUCGAUAACCGCGAGUGUUCUCGGACCUCCUCGCACUGCUUCUCCCACGCCGAGAAGGUGGCGUCCUUCAUCGCAGCCGCGCACAUCAAGAAGUCCGAGCUGCCGUACCCGCUGGUGUCCGUGACCAGUGAGGUGAUAGAGGAGCCGGAGCCCACCUACCUGAUGUACCUGGUGGGGGUGGGGGUGGCGGUGGUUCUGCUCAUCCUGGUGCUGGGGAUGCUGGCCGUCAAACGGAAGCACAAACACGGCGCCCUGUGGCUCCCCGAAGGGUUCAUCGUCUCCAACGACAAGAGGAGGGAGCCUGUGGGACAGGACGACUUCGACAUGAAGAACUUUAAGUUGCAGGACGGCGGUCUGAUGGACGGAGGUCAAAGUCAGAGAUGGCAUGAAGACGAAGCUCCGCCCAAAAAGAGCAGAACGGAGGACAAACCUCUGCUGCCCCUCGCUCUGGACGGCGGCGUGGACCAGAGGGAGUGGACCCUGCAGCAUCGCAAAGCGGCCGACAUUAGCCACACCCCCCCUCAGGACGACCUGGACGCGGGCUGUCUGGAUGUCAACGUCAAAGGACCUGACGGCUUCACCCCCCUGAUGGUCGCCUCCCUGCGGAACGGCGGGGGCCUGGACUGCAGCGUGCACGCCGAGGAGGAGGAGGAGAGCGGCGACGAGCCGGGGCCCAGCAUCAUCUCGGACCUGAUCGCUCAGGGGGCGUCGCUGAUGGCUCAGACGGACCGCACCGGGGAGACUGCCCUGCACCUGGCCGCCCGCUACGCCCGCGCCGACGCCGCCAAGAGGCUGCUGGACGCCGGAGCUGACCCCAACGCUCACGACAACAUGGGCAGGACGCCACUGCACGCCGCGGUGGCCGCUGAUGCUCAGGGGGUGUUCCAGAUUCUCAUCCGGAAUCGAGCCACGGAGCUGGACGCCCGCAUGAACGACGGCACCACGCCGCUCAUCCUGGCGGCCCGGUUAGCUGUGGAGGGAAUGGUGGAGGAGCUCAUCCACUGCCACGCCGACAUCAACGCUGUGGACGACCACGGGAAGUCGGCGCUGCACUGGGCUGCUGCCGUCAACAACGUGGAGGCCACGCUGGUGCUGCUGAAGAACGGCGCCAACCGCGACAUGCAGGACAACAAGGAGGAGACGCCGUUGUUCCUCGCCGCCCGGGAGGGCAGCUUUGAGGCGGCGCAGGUUCUGCUGGACCACUACUCCAAUCGGGACAUCACGGACCACAUGGAUCGCCUCCCCCGCGACACCGCGCAGGAGCGCAUGCAUCACGACAUCGUGCGCCUGCUGGACCAGUACAACCUGGUGCACAGCCCUCACGGCGGGCCCAACCACAUGGCGGCGGGGGGAAACUCCUCGGUGAUGUGUGGGGCCAAUGGAGGGGGCUACAUCGGCAUGCGCCCUGGACCCCAGGGCAAGAAGAGCCGGAGGGGUGGAGGUGGGGCCAAGGCGGCAGGCGUGGGGGGAGGGGCCAAGGAGCUGAAGGACAUGAAGGCGAAGAGAAGAAAGAAGCCGGCGGGGGGGGAGGCUUCCAGCUCGGGGGCCGGAAAUGGGGGAGGAGCUGGGGGAGGGGCCACGAACGGCGUGAAGACGGCGGGGGCGCUCCCGGAGAGCUCCGUCACCAUGUCGCCCGUGGACUCGCUGGAGUCGCCGCACUCCUACACGGGGGACGCCUCCACCACCGUCUCCACUGCCGCCACCUCGCCCACCGUGCUGAGCAGCCCCGCCUCCCGGCAGAUGCUGCCCCCCGUCAGCCACAUGCUGGGGCAGCAGCCCGGCUGGGCGGGCAUGAGCAAGCACGGCUACAACAGCCACAUCUUUGGCCUGGUCUCGCACCAGAUGGGGGGGGGCCACCCAGGCAUGGGGGGGCACCACGGCCAGGGCGCCAUCAUGGCACCCAUGAACGUCACCAUGAGCCGGGAGCAGCUUCCCCCCAUCGUCACAUUCCAGAUGAUGCCCCCCGGGGCGGGCCAGCCCCUCCUGAAGCAGUCCCACGGACAGAACCAGAACCACGGCCAGCAGGGACCGGGCCCCAUGCACUGCGGCGCCGGCCUCGUGUACCAGAUGUCCGACCAAAUGGGCGUGGCUCACGGGAUGCCCCACCCCCUGCAGCACCACCACGGCGUUGGCCACGGCGGCAUGGACGGUCAGGCCCGUCCCCUGCCCUCCUACCCCACCAUGCAGAGCCCCGUGGAUAAGUACCCCACCCCGCCCUCGCAGCACAGCUACACCACCGCGGGGUCAGAGGGCACCACCCCGGGACAGUCGGCCCACCCGCCCAGCGAGCACCCAUACCUCACCCCCUCCCCCGACUCCCCCGAAGCCUGGUCCUCCUCGUCCCCGCACUCCAACUCGGACUGGUCUGACGUCACCACCAGCCCCACCCCGCUGGGAAACGCCCACCACGCGCUGGCGCCCGCCCACCACACGCACAUUCCCGAGCAGAGGCAGGCGCAGGCGCAGCCGGGCGCGCAGCCGCCGCAGAUGGGGAACAUGCAGGUGUUUGCGUAGACGUCGUUCCAGCCGCUUUUCUACACCAUCAUAAGCCCCUCCCCCCAUGAAACCGUCUCUGCACUUAAACCGUGUCAAGUUUCUGACUACAAUCAUAACUGUGGAUUUUCGUCUUCAUCCCAACGAGUUUUCCUGGACUUCUGGAGUCUUUGCGAACUUUGUCCGUGGAUUGUUCUGGGAUUAAGUGAUGGGAAAGCCGGCCUUCGAUACGGACGCUGAGGCGGGGCUUCAGACUCAGACGAUGCUAUCAUGAUAUUCUACUUAUUCCAGUUUACUCGCCGUGCUUUUGUGCUGAUGCUAACUCAGCAUUACCAUGACGACGGUGCUCUUCCCGUUCGUUGUGGGGGUGUCGGAGCCUCCCAGACUGAACGGUAGGAGGAGGAGCCAGCGGCUGCGACACAAACACCUGAGUUUAAACCACUAUCCUGACUGGAGGCCGAAGGUUCAACGAUUAUGCAAAACAGAAAGAGUGAUUUUUAUGCUAGCAGAUUAAAACUGUUGUGACAUUAAAUGUAAAUAAACUCAAAGCACACUCUGCUUGUUGUAGUAAACCUGAGGAGCUCCUACAGCGCCUCCUCUGGAGGACGGGUCCUACAGCACCUCCUCUGGAGGACGGGUCCCACAGCGCCUCCUCUGGAGGACGGGUCCCACAACGCCUCCUCUGGAGGACGGGUCCUACAGUGCCUCCUCUGGAGGACGGGUCCUACAGUGCCUCCUCUGGAGGACGGGUCCUACAACGCCUCCUCUGGAGGACGGGUCCUACAGCACCUCCUCUGGAGGACGGGUCCCACAGCACCUCCUCUGGAGGACGGGUCCUACAGCACCUCCUCUGGAGGACGGGUCCUACAGCACCUCCUCUGG